AUGAGAAGAGCAGUAAGAGGAAGCGCCAGAAUCAGUCGUCGAUGUCAAUCUGUGACGGUGAACAAAGGCUGGUUUCGGCCGAAAGUACAAAUUGAACGCGUCGAUUUGGAGCGAUAUUUCAUCAUUGUCGAGGAUCCUUCUCAUUUCGUCUGGCAGAAUCUGACCGACAUCAAAGACAUCGAAGAAAGAUUUCAAAUCUUCGAUCAGAAUGAAGUUGAGAGAAAUAUUUUCGGCGAUAUUGUCUCAAGAUUCCCUGAAAUUCUCGAGUACAGUUUGAAAAACCUCGACAGUCAUUUGAAAUUCUGGCUCGAGAUGUUCCAAAACUCUUCAGAAUACUCCUUCCAUCUCAAAUCCUACCCAGCCGCGUGUUUCCACCUCGACGACGGAGAAUAUUUACGCCGACGAAACGAAAUGCUUGAGUUUCUCUUCUCGAACUUCGGCAUCAACAGAAAGAUGCUCAUCAGACUGAUUUUGGCGUACCCAAAAUUUUUCAACAACGAAGUUGAGGAAAUUUCAACGAAGCUAGAAUUGCUCAAGAAUUUGUAUGUUUCUAUGGGCGGGAAGAAUUUCAAGGUCUUUGGAAGAACUCAGCUAGCACAGAAUGUCCUUAUCCUCGAAAAACCGGAGAAAAUGGCUGAUUUCAUGGAUCUUAUGACGAAAACCGGUUUAUCAUCCGAAGAAACGCUGAAAAUCAUCUCUAAAAUGGCAGGAGUCUUACCGGAUUUGGCACUAGAAAACGUAGAAAUCACGAUGAAUCUGCUCCAACGAGAAUUAAAUCUUGAAGAAAACUCGGGGAUCAAAAAGAUUUGUCUUGAAGCACCAACCGUGAUAACCUUAUCUCCCGGAACUCUCAGCGAACGGUUAAAAGGCCUUCGUCAGUCGGGAUUCGGCCCUUAUGAAAUUCUCGACCACCCGGAUUGCCUGACCGUUACGGGGCAAAUUCUGACACAUAGGAUUCAAAAACUUGCGAGACUUGGAAUCAACCCGUUACUGGAAAAUCUUGUCGGGAACAAGGACGAAUGGGAAGCAAAAGCUGAUAAACUAAAUUCUGAGUCUGGAAAUCGCCCAAAGAAUGCUCGCCCAAUGUCCCCAGCAGUCAUUCGACCAAGAUAA